UUCCUGAACUCAAUCCAUGUCAGGUAACUUCUUACAUGUAUCUGACCAAACUUAAACAUGAUAACUUUUUCCACAUUCCUCUAACCCCAAAACAAGCAUAAAACCAACUCCACUUUCUAAUUUAGGAGAUGCAUGGAUGAGAGGAUCUCUACCCUAUGCUUCCCAUCUUAGUACUUCAUGCUCAUCUUCUUGCUCUUUUUUUAAUAUUGAAAUCUGGUCUCUGAUAAAGUACAGCUAAUUGUUCUCAUGAUUUCGAAUCAGUAUUUAUUUAAACAAAUUGGAUGUCAUUCCUAUCUUUGUUCUUACAGCAAGAUGCAUUUUUAUUUUCUUUUAUUGCAUGCUCUUAUUUUCUGCUUGUGUGGUUGUCAUGAAAAGCGGGAUGCUGCCACUGCUCCAAAUGUUGGGGAUCGUGUUCUGUAUGUUAUUAUUAAAGCUGCAAAAGGUGCCAAGGCUUAUGAAAGGUCGGAGGAUCCUAUCUUCGUGCUAGAGAAUAACAUUCCAAUUGAUUCCCAUUACUAUCUCGAAAAUCAAAUUAGCAAGCCGCUUUUGAGAAUAUUUGAUCCCAUUCUGAAGAAUGCGGAAAAGGAACUUCUCCAUGGCAGCCACACAAGAUCAGUUUCCAUUUCAAUUCCUUCAAACAGCGGUAUCAUGAAAUUUGCUAAGAAACAACUUUGUUGCAUUGGCUGCAAAGCUCUAAUCAGGUAAGUUUCCUACAUUUGCUAAGUUAUGGUCCUAGUGCAUAAUUGUCAAUGUAUCGUGUGUAUGACAUUCACCCCCUCCAAUAGGUUGGUCCGGCCAUGAAGAUCACCUAGCACAUAAAUCGGGUAUAUCCACUCAUCAGAUGUGCCACACAUGUACUUUGGAUCGGCUGAGCGGUUGUCCAUUGUUUUUUGUGGUUUGGCCUACUUGAUUAUUUGAUCAACCUGAAAUUUGCAUCAGGUGUUUUCAUGGAGGUGCCAACCUUUUUGAUUGGUUGGAUGUUAGACACGCUUGAAACAUUGAAUCUUAUGUGCUGGUUGGUCAAUAACCAAUAGUCCAACUAGUUGCACAUGAGACCUCGUGUGUAUCAUCGUCAUCAUCAUAGC